AGACAUGACUGCCAUAUUAAAGAAAGUUUGCCACUUAGCUGCUUUCAGCUGGUAUGCCUUUGUUAUUAAGUCUAUUUAUGCAAGAGGGGAUUCAGAUCUACCAGAAGGAAUAUUUGUCUAUGGGGGACCCUGGAAAUACCUCACCUUUUUAAACCUGGUCUUACAGAUGGGUUUUUUUGGAUUGGCAUCUGUUAAUGACAUUCAGCCGGUGGAGAAAGCCUCGAAAAUAUCACUUCUCUGCCUCUGCAAGGACUUGCUCUUUUCUGUCUUUGUGUUUCCAGUGGGCAUGUUUGUAGUACUGCUGUUUUGGCUGAUAUUUGCCUAUGAUCGACAGCUGGUCUAUCCAGAGUCAUUGGACAAUCUCUUCCCUCCAUGGAUAAAUCAUGCUAUGCACACUCUUGUUCUCCCAAUCUUGCUUGGUGAGAUCUUACUUGAGCCACACAUCUACCCUAAAACAAAGAAUGGGCUGGCUGCUCUGGGAAUCGUUGGUGUUGCCUACCUGGGAUGGGUCAUUUGGGUGUAUUUGACUGUGGGAAUCUGGGUUUACCCCUUACUGGGGCUGUUUAGCAGCUCAGGCUUGACUGUCUUCUUCUUGCAUAAUAUGCUUGUGGUGUCACUGCUGUACAUACUUGGACAAACUUUGAACAAAAAAGUUUGGGGGAAAGAUCAUCCAAAGAUGAAGAGUGCAUGAUGUUUUACAAGGAUGUUGUAUGUUCCUCAGACUAACACAUGACAAAUGUUUUAUAUAUAUAUAUAUAUAUAUAUAAUUGUUCUAUUUUGGUGAAAUUAACCUGGUAAAUCUCUUAUACGAAUCAGCUUCUUAUCAGAUUGUGAAUUAUCUGCAUUAUAUUGCAUGUUGUUUUGGUUACCAUUCUACUUUUGCUACCAUACUGUAUAUCUUGUUUUAAUAUCUAAAAUAAUGUAGUAUGAAAAAUACACAAAAACACAUGAAAUCGUGAUUGGGGGCAAAUACUUUUCCUCAGAACUUUAAAUUUGAAAUGAAAAUGUGUAUCUGUAAUAGAUAAAUGUGAAUAUGUAAAGUGGUUAAUGGACAUUUCUGUGAACUUGCAACUGUUAAUAAAUGGCAAGACUGGUGUUCUACAUCAUUUAUUGUAAUUUAAUAAUAUAAAUAUGAACUGCAUUAGAGUUGAUUAUGCCACAACUAUAACAACAAAUGAAUGUGAAAGGUUUGUCCAUUAAUUUGCUGUGUAAUGCAAAACUUAAAGUAUGUCUACUUACUUGCUACUGUAACUUGCAGAACUUGUACAAUUUGUAUGCAUGUACAAAAUGUAACAUGACUUUGUUACACUAUUCACAGCUUAUUAUAACUUCAUCAGCAUGUUUUUAAAUGCCCAAGGGUUUAAAUCUAUAUCUACUUUUAAGUUGCCAUUGCAUUUCCAGUUUAUAUCUAUAUGUAAUUUUUGUUGAAACAAAACCUGAACAGAAAUUGUUCUGUGGUUUGCGCGCAGAAUUUAAAUGUUAAAUUAAAUAUAUUUCAUGAUAGCUUAUGCAUAUAUUUGGAACCGAAGGAUAAUUAAUGGUGCUGUGAUUCUGUAUUUCAUGGGAAUUGAUGGGAACAUUACAUUAAACCUCAUCACAAACUUUUCUUCCUUUUCUCUUUGCCCAUUCUGAUGGAGUCUUUCAGAAUAGAUGUUCCAGAUGUUUUGGAAACAUCUUUCGAGAUUAGGAAUAUGAGUCCAAGCAUUUCAUAAUCAUUUAAAUCAAUGGGGAGGACAAAGGUUACCAAUAACCAAAUCAAAAGAGGGACAUUUUUCUCAGGUUUUCUCUCUCAGGGUUAAAGGCAUGGAAGGAGUCUGAAAUGGUUGUUGUAUGCUGUCUUCAUGACACGUUUCCUCUCAGGUUGAACCUCCUCUCAGAUCUCUGCAUUCUUUGAUGUGGUGCAAAUAGUUUGAAUCUGCAUCCACAAG